AUGGUUUCUCUCGACGUCCCUCUCCCAACUAUUGAGGAACUGACAGUCCCAGAACUAAAGAUAUCAAAGUGUCCACUGCUGGCUGCAAGCAUUCAUUUAGGGAAGUUUUGUGACAAUGAGUCCAAGGAAUUCAUGCUUUGCCAUUAUGAAACACAUGAUCCAAGAGCUUGUCUUGGAGAGGGAAAGGCUCUUACCAGUUGCGCCCAAACCUUUUUCAAACAGAUUAAACGACAUUGUGAAGAUGAAUUUCGCAAUUACUUUACCUGCCUUCAUAAGUAUGGAGGGCCGGCUUACAGCCUAACAAAAUGCCGCGUAGCUCAGUAUCCUUUUGAUGAAUGUAUAAAAACUCACCUUAAUCAAGAACGCCCGAAAACGGAUUACUUUAAUGUUAUUCGUCUUCACAAAACGAAUCGGCCUAGAUAUGAACCUGGGUUAGCUCCAAUGCCCGAAAGAAUUCCAGAUUUGCCUAACUUGGAUCAUUUUGAAGUGCCUGAACGUAUAAAGCACAGAGAAAAAAUGAACGAACUAUUAACUUAA